GGAGAUUGUUAUAAUCAAUACAAUGGUAUGAAACAGUAGAAAGAAAAAAAACCGCCUAAAUAGAUCUUUAAUUUCUUUUUUUUGAAAGUCUAUAUCAUUACAAAUUGAAUAUAGAAAAUACAAUUGUUUAAUAGACUUGUCAAUUAAAAGAUUAUCAAUGUUCAUUCAUACUCAAUAAUUAAAUUACAUUUUUAUUAUUAAAGUUAACCUAUAAAUGAGAAUAAAUAAAUGAACCAAUGAAUUGAUUGUAUAAAAAGUAAGCAAUUAUAAAUGAAUGGAUACUUGAAUACGUUUUAAUUACUGAUUGGAUUGUUGACAUAUAUCUCGAUAUCAAAAGGAAACACGUCAUGAUUAUGUACAGAUUCAACGCAACUCAACACAUACAUACAUUAGUUAGUAACAUACAAAACAAUCAAUAAAUUUUUUAGAAUAUUACAAAUGGAUUAAACAAUAAAACGAUAGUGUAUCAAAUUAUAUUAUUAUUAUUAUUAUUAUCAGUAAUUUAAUUUAAUGAUGCUUAUAAUCCAUGUUGCAUUGCCUACAUUUAUUUGUGUAGAACAAUUUAUUAUAACUAAAUUAUAUUUUAAAAGAUCAGUUCGAAGUGUUACUUAUGAUAAUCUUAUUUCAAAAUUAUGUGAAUAUACUAAAACAAAAAAAGGGAAAUUUUAUGUUUCAUGGCAUGAUGGAACUGAAUAUUGUACAGUGUCUAAUUCAUCUAAUCUGAGAGAAGCAAUUGUACGAAUGAUAUAUGAUCGUGAAGAUAAUACACCUUUAUUAUUUGCUGCCCCAGUACUUCAUUUAAAUGAAACAAAAUUACCUUCAUUUUAUGGUGGAUGUAGACCAGAGCAUUUACCAAGUGAUUUUCGUGAACGUGCAUCAAGAGCUGUAUUUAAUAAAGAGAUUGAUUACACAGAACCUGAAUUACCUGUUAUCAUUGAAUUAAUAUGUAACAUAUGUAAUAAAAAUAAUUGGUGUGGUGAUCGAUUCACAUGCGUUAUAUGUCCUAGAGUUGUAUUAUGCCCUGAUUGUUUUAAAAAUAACAAUCACUCAGAACAUCCAAUGUUGAUUACUAGAGAUAAUGCAGAAUUUCCAUGUCCAGUAUUACAAGCAGUUAAAAUUGUCGCUUCAGAUGUUACUGCAGAAGAUUCUACUGGUGAAGAUGAUGAACAAUCAGACUUAUCUGAUCCUAGAACAUCAUCAUCUACUGCUACAAAUGAUUCUGAUGAUAUUCAUAAAACAAUUGAUGCACUUCGUGAAAUGGGUUUUAAACAGAAAACUAGUGACUUAGUUGAAUUAGUCAUAAAAGAACAUGGUAAUUUACAGACAAUUGUUGAAAAGUUAGCUAAUUAAAAAUGUAUGAUUUGAAUGUUUUCCCGAAUCAUCAAUCAUCAAAUUCCGUUUCGGUAGAUAUCAUUGAUUAUUAUGGUUCUACCAAAAUUAGUCUCUAUAAUAACAAAUUAAAUAAUGUCUUUGUUAUCAUUCUUUUUCCAUACAUUUAUUUGAAAAGUACCAUAUUUGGAGC